CUGAUGGGCGAUUGAUCUAUAUAGCCAUGAAAUGAUUUAUUACCGUGAGCAAAGAGGCAUUUCAUUAUCACAGGUAUACUGCUUUGUGCAUGGUUGGCUUUAACACACCACAAGACUUGAGCAGAGUGCCACAGGGAAUCAAACAAGCUCAAGACAUGAACCAGUAUGGGCCUCCCCUACCCCCGGGCUGGACGCACGCUUUCACACCCCAGGGUCAAGUCUACUUUAUAAACAAUAAUGAUGGAAGCACCAGUUGGCAGGAUCCCAGGAUAAAUUCCCCAGGACACGGGAAGCAAUCUUUGCCUGUUUCUUCAAUACCAGGCCAGCCCUUACUAUUGUGUAUAAUAAAGAUGCACAAUUUAGUGACUGCCAAUAAAGAACAACAUAAACGUCAAACACAGGAAUGGAGGGAUAAAAGGGAAGAAAUAAGAGAGAAAGGGAGUGCCGAAACCUUGCAAGAAUGUGUUGAUGCCCUGCAGGAGAAAGUCUGUGUGAAGGGUUUUCCCCCACGGGAGACAACUGGGGCUGAAAUGGCUACAGAGUUACAUGAGAUGAUUGAGGAUGUCAUGGGGGAAUGUGUGAACGAUGGAAGGAUGACAAUGAAAGCAUGUCAGAAGAUGUUGUUUGAACUGCUGUUGGCUCUCAUAAAGACAGGGCCAGGGACUGCUACUGCCGACAUCAUACAGGACCGGCUCGUCAAAACACAGGAGACAUACGCUUACUUGGAGGCUUUGAGAGGGAACGAUCUUACAAGAAUAAUUGACAGCUUGAAAAUGUGGACUCACAUCCCUGAGGGGCGAGAGAUGUCUGUGAAGAAACAGAGUGACUAUUGGGGUUACUGCACCAGCAGACUUGUGACGAGCAUACUAGGUGAUUACAAAAGUGAUAAAGUGUACGAGCCAGAGAUCCAUCAACAGUUUCUGGAUCUGUACCUAUUCUACUUCAUAAAGAUGGGCAAGGAACCAGACGAAUAUGCCGACCAUAUAUCUGAUGUCAUGAUCACCAUAAAGAAAGCUUACAGUGACAAGCAUGACAAGAACCCUUAUCUGGUUCUUCAAAAGAAGGACAUUCUACUGAAGCACUGGAAGGCUAUAGGAGUCACUAUUUGUAGUAAAAGUUUUGGAAAUGAACAUCAAGUGAAAAAGGCAGAGGAACUUGUCAACCAAAUUACAACCUGUGUCAUGAAAAACGAAUGGACUGCUGAGGUUUGGGAUGAUGUUCUCGAUGUGAUGAAGAAAUUCUAUAUUACCGAAAAUGCCAAGAAGUACAAAGAUGUUUUAAGAGGAAUAAGAGUUCUUUUGGAAAAAACUCCAGAGGAGAUGCACAAAAAACACCCUGAGUUAGUGGACAAACUUGUUCCAGUGGUUACAGAACUUUUAGAGGAGGAGCCAGCAAAUAUGCGUUGGGCGAACAGUUUCGUAUCUAUCAUGACUCAGAGGGCCAGUGCCAAGAAGGGAACAGAACAGGAUUGGUUUCCGCUCCUGAAAGCACUCAUGAAAACAGGCACAAGUGACGGAGCUUACAAUGUCUAUGAUGUCCUGUAUUAUGCAAGAAAAUUCAAGACGAUUUGGAAUUGGAAGCAAAAUUUUCAACAUGCCAUAGAUAUCCUUAAACCUAUAGGAGAGGUCCACCUUCACCUGACAGGCAAAAAGGACGAUGAUGAAAAAAUGUUGAAAUAUUGCGGGGAUAUUGUCAGCACCCUUCUGGAGCAAUUCACAAUUGCCAAAAUCCCAGAUAAGCUGAACGGGGAUUUAGCUGUACUAGCCAUUACCAUGAUGGAGAAAAAGUCAGAACAACUGAAUGUUUUUGUUGAAAGAUUCAUUGGAAAUGUCACUCUUGGGGCUAACAGGAACGUCAUUCCAGGUGUGAUCAGAAGAUUUUCAAUGCUGCUCUUCGACAGGGAUUAUAUGUGGAAUCACUUCGACACAAAGAGAUGUGGACGCUAUAUCAUACAGUCAGUCUUGGAUGCUUACAACACUGGAAAAGAUGUGCCUGAUGGAGUCAACAGAACCUUCAUAAGGAUGUUCCUAUGGGCAAUGCAGACAGAAGAUUUGGACUACAUUGACUUGGAAACUGGGACAGAAACCUUGUAUAACCUUGUAGCCUCACAGUUCCUUAGAGCAUUUGUAGAUAAGCAUGUUGAGCAUCAAAACUCUCACGUUUGUGUACCACUGAUGCCGGCCAUAUUGAAACAGAUGGAGCAUGAGGAGACAGAUCUUGCAACUGCAAGUUCAGCAAUUGUUGCAAAUAUAAGUUCCUAUGAUCCAAAACUUUUACAUGGACAACUGGGUCUUCUUGUGGAUUGGUGCAAAGAGACCUCAGGUUCCAUGGAUGCCAUCAGUGCUUUACAAAAGCCUUAUGAGGAAAGUGAUGGGUUCACAAAACAAGAGUUCAAAGAUGUGAUGACAGUAUUGGAGAAAAAUUCUGCUCGUGAUUUUCGCAUGGAGUGUAUGCUGUUGAAGUCAAUGGCAGAGAAACAGCCCGAGCUCUUCACCCAACACCAUGUUGACUUCAUGGUCAAGCAUCUGGGAAACAAGGACGUCCAAUACUACAUAUUACUGGUUUUAGGUGAAAUUAUACCAACACAACCACAACUGUUUGGAGAUAACAUGGUUAAACAUGUUCUACGAAAUAAAGAUAUAAAUCCGAUGUGCUCAUCAGCUAUUCAGAUGAUAGCUGUCAACCUUGGACUAAAGAAACCGGCACUGGCGGAUACUAUUCUGAAGGAGCUCAUCACUUUGACUCAAAAUUGUAAAGAUCCGACCUAUCAGUAUCCACUGUUAGAUGCUAUCCAAAUCUUGGCUGCCAAGUAUGGGGUAGACUCUCUGAAACCUCAUCGCAAAUUCUUUGAAGAUUUACAGCAGAACGGAAGAAAAUCCUUUUUGAAAGACAUAGCCACUUCAAUUGUUAACGCAAUGGAUGGAAUCAGUUUGCAAGGUAUCGCCAUAGAUGUCAUAAAAACCAAAAAGAAGGUCAUCAUGCUUGACAAGAGAGUCACAAAAACUGAAAAGGAAGUCAAAGGGCUGAAGACGACGGUUGACAGGCAUGACAAAGAAAUAAAAACAGUCAAAACUGGAAUUAAAACUGUCACAAAACGUGUCGAUGUGGUGGAGAAAGAUCUUGAAGAAACCAAGGUCAAGAUUGAAGAAAUUGACAACAAGACAAUGUCCAAUGGUCCAGCAUGGUCAAGAGAUCUUACCAAGUUGAUGAAUCCGAAGUCUGAACACGAUUGGAGGCUGUUGGCCCAGCGUCUUGGAUAUACACCAAAGGAGAUCAAGGCAUGGGCCACACAGAAUGAUCCCUGUAUGGCCCUCCUCAGUGAGUGGUACGCUACCCACAAGACAGUUGAGGCCAGCCAUGCAGUGCUGACCAUUCUGCAGGAAAUGAACAGACUAGACGCUGUAAUCAUCUUAGAGAAUGCUAUGAAAGCUGUAGAGGAUGUUGUGGAGGAGGCUCAAGAGUACACCAAACCUCCUCCGAUCUUCCUUAGCUACCAAUGGGGUCACCAGAACGAGGUCAAGUUACUAAGGCAACACCUCCUCAUGGCCGGCUAUGAAUGCUGGUUGGAUAUUGGACAAAUGGGAGGCGGGGAUAAACUGUUUGAGAAGAUUGACAAUGGAAUCAGAGGGGCUAAGGUCAUCAUAUGUUGUGUGUCGGAGAAGUACGCAAAAUCUCCCAACUGUAACAGAGAGGUGAACCUGUCUGUCAACCUUGGGAAGCCCAUGAUCCCCCUCCUGAUGGAGAAAAUGGGCUGGCCUCCUCAGGGCUCUAUGGGGCCCAUCUUCAGCGAGUACCUAUUUGUAAGGUUCUUCCAGCGAAAAGGGGAAGAAACCAAGGACCAACGUUACUGGCCGGUUCCAAAGUUGCAGGAACUUCUGAUGCAACUCAAUAUGUACAAAACCAUGCCAGAUGAAUCCCUCAUUACCAAAGAGUACAAAGACUGGUGGGUUCCUGUGGCAGAGGAAAUCAAAAUUACCAAGAAACCACAGGACACUGGAGGACAGAGUACAGCCACCACAGCUGGGGGAAAGGAAUCGGAAGGUAAAUCUCCAGACGUGUUUCUGUCGUACCAGUGGGGUAAACAGACGCAGAUCAAGCAGCUCUACAAGAGACUCUGUGAGCUCGGUUUAACCUGCUGGAUGGAUAUCUACCAGAUGGGAGGCGGGGACUCCCUCUAUGACAAGAUUGACCAAGGUGUCCGAGGCUGUAAGAUUGUUCUUUCUUGUGUGACCAGCAAGUAUGCAGUUUCAGCCAAUUGCCGAAGAGAGGUAAGUUUGGCAGAUUCCCUGAAGAAGCCUGUGGUCCCUCUCUUGUUGGAAAAGAUGGAUUGGCCACCUAGUGGGCCUAUGAGCAUGGUCUUCACACAGCUUCUGUUCAUCAAUUUCUACCGAGAUGAAGAAGUCCAGAUGACUUGGACGGGAAAUAAAUUUGAUGAACUCCUUGCCAAGAUCACGGAAAAUGUUCCUAAUACAAUUGGAUAUCUUGAGGAUACAAAGAAAAAGGGGGCAAAAGAAACCCCUGGGCAGAAAGUAGAACCACGAACAGCAGUUAAAAAGGAAUCGGAUCAAGAGUAUGUGCCACCCCCACCACCCAUUCAGUAUUCAGAGCAAUCACAAACUGCACAAACCCAAGCGCAACCCCCACCUUACACAUACAACCACCAUUCUGCCAAGUCACAACCAGCUUCGCAGCUUGCCCAACCGCAAUCACAACCAUAUUCUCAACUACAGCACUAUGGACAUCAACAACAAAACACUCAACAGCAACCAUACGGACACAGACAAGUCCAACCACAGCAACAAAUGUAUGGACAAGCGCAACCACACAUGCAGCAUGCACCGAGACAAGCUGCUCCGACUCAAGCGAGUCAAACAAAUGAAAAGUCGUCCUCGUGUGUGCUUCUUUAGCUCUCUUGCUGUUGAACUGGGAGGACUGUGUAGAAAAGAAAAAACCUGAUUUUUCCUGCAACUUUUGGAACUAGAUUGUCUGAACUAUUUUUGCAAAAAGGUUCCUAUAGUACAACCAUUGAGACAUUUAUGUGUAAUGUUUCGAUAGUUUGUAUGACGUGUACGUAGUCACCUUUAUCAGACAAUUGACGGUUGAAGUGCAUGUACAUAAGUUUUAUGUAAUGAGAUGAUUAAUAUUGUUCAAUGACUGAAAGAACAGAUUAUUGACAUUCAUUGUUGUCCUUGAUCCAUGAGAUGUAUCAUCGAAAACAAAGAGAAAAGAUAUCAACAUUCAAUAUCAACUAAAAGAUUAUUGUUAUUUUUUGAAAGAUUUCAAUGAAUGAGAUAUGAUAUUGUGUUUAUACAAUUAUCUUAUCAACACUGUGAUGAUACAUCCUAUGGUUAUACAUUAUAACAUUUUCGUUGUGUAGUUUUUGUAUUAAUGGUUUUAUGUACAUGUAUAUCAGGCUGAUUUAAGUGUAUAGUUCAACUUUUAAUGUAGUGAUUUUACUAUAUUAUAUAUUUAUCAUUAUUUACACAUUUAGCAGAGAAGUUAAGCAAAUGCAGUGUAAAUUGUUUCUUAUUUGGUUACUCCUUAAAGAAAUGCCAUUCUCAAAUCAAUGUUUUAGAAUAUUGUAUUCUAUCCGUCUCAUUGUUAUUUUAUUGUAUAGUACUAUUAUUUUGUAUGCAUUAAUGACAUAAGACAUACGCAGGCUUUACAACUAUUGAAAAUUAUUGUUUCUUAUGUUUGUUUUUUCAAAAUAUUUUUAAUAGUGUAAUGAGUUUUUAAAGUCUGUGAGCGGUAUCCGUCCUAUUGUUAAACCAUUUUAUUUCUAAAUAAAUAACAAUUGUAUGUCUUUAUAUCUACUUAAGAGACGCAAGAUAAAUACUAAAUGAAAAUGUUGUUGUUUGCAAUCAGGCCAUGAGUUCAUUAGGACGUCAUAUGAGCAUGUUUUUAUACACUGAAUUUGCAUGUAAUAACAUUUAUGAUAUGUUUGACCCAGACAAUUGGCAAUAUUUCAUGUUUUUAUUCACAGGAAAGUUACUUUACAAACACAUAUCAAAUGCUGGGCCUGAUUGAAUUGUUUAAAUAUAAUACUCAAAUUGCAAGUCGUUUUACUACAUUUUCCUGUACUGGUCCAGCUUUAUUUGCUCCAUCUACAGACAGAACUGGAGAAGAACAACUAGCACCUAUUAGUUUAAAAGUAUGUCUGGGGAUAUACUUAUCUGAAGUGUACUGUUACUGUUUUAUUUUCACUACCAAAUGAUCCACAAAAUAUUACCUAUAAUUUUAAUAUCAUUUAAAGAUAAAUAUGUUAUCUUUCAUUUCAUUAGUAGACGUUGUCGUUUUAGGAUCAUGGUUUAUAUUUAACAUAUCUUGUGGUUGCGGUAUUGUAUUUUUGUGUUGUAAAAUAGUUAAACACUUUUAUAAUUAUUUUACAAUUAUUUAAUCAUGAAAAUUUGCCGUCCUAUCCACGUUUUAUUAAUUAAUUAGUUUUGAGAACUUAUCCAUAUCGUAAUUUUACAAUUUUUUUUUCACGUUUCAGUUCGGUAUUGUUUUGUUUGUUUGUAAGUUUGUUUUUCUAUUUUUAUCCAUAUCAAAACUUUUACGAGUUAAUUAUUUAGGUUAUGCAAUAACUAAAUCUCCUAGUUUUCAAGAGUGCAGUUCAAUACUAAAAACCUUAUAGUAUAGUUUAUGAAACCAUUUGAGAUGUGCCUUUUUCCAGAUACUUAAUGCUAUUGGACCUUGCCCUUUUACACUUUAUAUUGACUAAUAAGUUUACAAUUAUAAAAUUUAUCCUGAGUCUAUUGACUGUAUGUAUUUCGCAGCUUUUCACACCUGUGCCAUAUAAUAUAAAUGAUCAAUUUCAUUCAUUGUGCCAUAUCCUUUUUCGUAAUACUCAUUUUCAUUUCACGCUGAGAGAUGUAGACACUGUGUCCAGUGUUGGAAUGUACUGUUGAUAGAUAACAUGACCUCUAUUUUACUUUGUAAAAUUAUAGUAUUAUUAGAGGCAAUCUCUCUCGAAGCCCAUAGAUUCCUAUCGUCUGCAUGGGAGCAUAUUUUAUUUGUAUCAGAGUUUAUUUUUAUCAUUUUAAUAGAUGAAUUAUUUUGUUUGUUUCC